AUGUUCAGCUCUAUGUACGGCACUUCAAUUGCCAUAUUCGCAAUCCAUUUCGUCUACAGAUACGUGACUGUAACAGGUCACUCCCUCCAGUCAACAUUCGUCUCGUGGAAGUUCAUAAUUUGGUUGUUUUUUCCUUUUGUUUUUGGACUAUUAUGGAGUGUGGUUAUCAAUUUGACACUUACCGCGAAUCCAGCCGGGGAUUUGCUUUUAGAACAAGAAUAUCUGUCAAAAACCAAUCACUCAAUAAAUCAAGUUUCCUACAUUGGAACGUACUUUUUUCCCAGAACAGUGAAUGGAACAAACUAUUUCAGUGUGAGACCAUUCAUUGGGAUUGGAUGUAUGCUGGCUGCAAAUUUUGUAUCAAUUAUGGUCAUUCUAUCCUACGGAUACAAAUGCUAUAUUCAUAUGAAGACAGUCCUUCCCACUACUUCUCAGUCUUCUCAGUUCAAAAACCUUCAGACUCAAUUAUUUUAUGCUCUAUUCUUCCAAACACUCAUUCCAAUCAUCUUGAUGCACACUCCUGCAUUUUUUAUUUUCAUUGCCACGUUCAUGGACAGAUCUUGUGAACUACUCGGACAAAUACCUUCGAUUACAAUUGUUUUGUAUCCAUCUCUCGAUCCUCUACCAAAUAUUUUCAUAAUUCGUAAUUAUAGAGAUGCAACUAUUUGUGAGCUGUGUGCAGAGUUGCUGGCAAAUUUCAAUCAUAUUUCAGAUUAUGUGAAAUCGGUUAUUUCACUGACAACAUCGAAUCCAUCAGCUGGAUGCGAAACAUUUGAAAGAGGAACUUACACGACGAACUUCAAUAACACUUCCAAUCUGACCCGGUACAGUUAUUCAACUCAACUUUUGAAAAAUGGAUCAUGGUCGUAUACUUAUAAAAUAUCAAAAGUUUGUCCGUCUAAAUGGGUUUACUUCAAGAGAAGUCUUGGAGAAUGGUGUGUUAGACUGUAUUCGGAAUAUUUGAAUCAAACGGAAGCAACUAAAAAAUGUGAGAAGCAAGGAGCAGUUUUAACAGGAUUAGAGAGUACAGCAGAACGAGAUUAUCUAUGGAAUAUUGCAAGUACAACUUUUAAUGUGGAUGGAUUGACGAAAGUUUGGAUAAACGGAGUUCGAAGAAAGGGAUGUCAACUGAUCGGAGUGAAGCAGUUUCCGGCAGGAUGUGGUGGACUGGCAGGAUUCAAUUUCACUGAUAAACAACUCUCAAAGAAAGAAGGACUCAGUUGGACGGAGCACAAUCCAGAUGGUUUACGAUAUGAGUUAUCGGAUAUCUAUCAGGAUUGUCUUGUCAUGUGGAUCAGACCGAAUCAGAAAUUAAUUGAUGACGUUUUAUGCAAUUCAUAUUUGGAUCCCAAUGGAAACGAGAUACGUGGCUACGCAUGCGGAAAAGAAGCCGGAUAA